AUGGCACUACCCUCCGCUGGUCCAGAGGCUCAAAAUGCCCUCUUCGAAAAUCAUUCGGAAUCUGAACACGUACCUCCAACGUUGAAACGAGCCGUGCUGCGGAUGCAAUUCCCCCCGUCGUAUGUUCUUGUCGGUGUAUACAGGCUAUUUACAGACAAGAACCUAUACAAACCAGCAUGGGAUAAAUGUAAGCAUGCUACUAGGCGGGGCGCCAUUGUAGGAUCAAUAUGGGCCGCUCUGACGUUUUCAAUCCAAAAGAAGUUCAUCGAAAUAUUUCUCUCAAACUCUCCAAGAAUUACUGGCUUGUCGAGAGAUGACACAGUUUUCGGAUACCACGUUCCUUUCAGUUUGUAUACUUACGCAACAAUAAUGAUUCUUGGAUCUCAAGUCACCUAUAUCCUGCGGUUCUUCCUUAGCCGAAACAUUCGCAUUGCACGCGACCGAGCAUGGGACCAAACAGUGGCAUCUCGAGGGAAGGGACCAGACUUUUGGCAGCCAUACGUCGAAGAAUGGGAAACUCCGCCAAACUUGAACCUCGAGACGAAACAGGAUAAACUCAUCAAGAAAUGGCUAGGAGGGUGGUUCGGGCUUUUCGUCGUGAAGAGAGUUCUUCUUUCACCCUUCCAGGUGUACCCAUUUGUCGGGAUGGUUGUGUCUGCCUGGUUCAAAGCUCUAGGAACUUCCCGGUUCCUACAUCAACGGUAUUUCCAAGCUAAGAAAAUGACGGACAAGGAAAUAGCAGUGUUCAUGCAGGAGCGUAAAUGGGACUAUCGAAUUUUCGGCUUUACUGCUGCUCUAUUGGAAGGGAUCCCCAUUAUAGGACUUGUUUUCACGGUUUCAAAUCGUGUCGGAGCAGCAAUGUGGGCUCACGAUCUGGAGAAAAGACAACAUUACAUCGCCGAAGAGCGUGGUCGAAAGAAAAACUAA